CGUGCAACAUUGGCAGACGAAAAUAACGGGCUGGUUCUUGGCCGGUCUGCCACGUUCCGUACCUCAAAAUUGCUGAUGAAAUUUCCUUUUGUUGUUAAGACUGUAGCCUCCCUAGUCUUUAGUAGAAAGUUCCUUGGCACUCAAUCUUGCACGACCAAGAUUAAACCUUUCCUUUUUUCGAGAAAGCUUCACGUUCUUUCUUCUUUGAGAUCUCAAAAACAGGCACCCGCUUGGGGUUCGAAAAGGCAUAAGGAUAAGCAGAAAUUAAAGAUUCAGUUUAUUAACAUAAUGGCUGAUCCUAAGAUUGAAGAAGUUUUGGCACCUUUCCGUGCUUCUGUCAAAGAGCAGGGAGAUAUUGUUCGUCAACUUAAAGAAUCAGGUGCUCCUGAGCUUGAUUUGAAGAAAGCUGUUGCCGAACUGAAGGCUCGGAAAAAGAUUCUCGAAGAUAAGGAGUUGGAGUUGGCUCCUGUGGAGGCUUCUUUUGACCGAGCUAAAAUGGAAGACUUGCUAAAGAGAAGAUUCUUCUUUGACCAGUCCUUUGCCAUCUAUGGAGGUAUCACUGGCCAAUUUGAUUUUGGUCCAAUGGGCUGUGCCAUGAAAGCCAAUAUGCUCAGUACCUGGAGGAAUUUUUUCAUCUUGGAGGAACAAAUGUUGGAAGUUGAUUGUUCAAUCCUUACUCCUGAACCUGUGUUAAAGGCUUCUGGCCAUGUUGAUCGUUUUGCUGAUUUAAUGGUAAAGGAUGAGAAAAAUGGUGAAUGUUUCCGCCUGGACCAUUUGAUCAAAGCCCAUCUAGAAAAGGUCAAAUCUGAUAAGAAAACAACUUCUGAAGUCAAAUUGGAAUGUGAAGACAUUGUCAUUAAGCUCGAUGGAAUGAACAAGGAAGAAAUGCGUGUCAUUCUCCGAAAAUUUGAGAUGAAAGCACCCUUAACCAACAACGAACUUAGCGAUCCUAUGGAAUUCAACUUGAUGUUCAGUACUUACAUUGGCCCCACUGGCCUAGUUAAAGGCUUCUUGCGACCUGAAACAGCACAAGGAAUCUUUGUUAACUUUAAGCGAUUGUUGGAAUUCAAUCAAGAAAAACUGCCCUUCGCAGCAGCUCAAAUUGGCAAUAGCUUCCGCAAUGAAAUUUCUCCUCGCUCGGGGUUGAUCCGCGUUCGUGAGUUUACGAUGGCAGAAAUUGAACAUUUCUGCGAUCCAACGGACAAGUCUCAUCCUAAAUUUAGUGAAGUUCGAGAUGUUCAAGUACUCUUGUAUUCCGCCUGCAACCAAAUGGAUGGCAAAGCAGCUGAAAUUGUCACUAUCGGCAAGGCAGUGGAUGACAAAAUCAUUGCUAAUGAAACUUUGGCAUAUUUCAUGGCUCGGAUCCAACAAUACAUGGUCAAAGUCGGAGUGGAUCCCCGGAAACUUCGAUUCCGUCAGCAUAUGAACAACGAAAUGGCUCACUACGCCUGCGAUUGUUGGGAUGCUGAAUGUCUCACUUCCUAUGGGUGGGUUGAAUGUGUCGGCUGUGCCGAUCGAUCUGCCUACGACUUGUCCCAGCACACCAAAUCCACCGGGGUCCGCCUGGUUGCUGAAAGGAAGUUGCGCGAGCCCAAGACUAUCGACGUCGUUGAGGCUGUAGCCAACAAAGGCAUUGUUGGCAAAUCGUUCAAGAAGGAAGCCAAAGAAAUUAUGGAAGCGCUCUCGAAGCUGGAACCUUCAACUGUCGCUGAAGUGGAAGAAUCUUUGAAAAACAACGGAAAAUAUGUUCUUGAGAUCGGUGCCAAUUCCUACGUCCUGACACCCGACAUGUUGGAAGUCAAGCGUUACCAAAAAACCAUUUACGUAGAAGAAUAUGUGCCGAAUGUCAUUGAACCAUCGUUCGGUAUCGGUCGGAUUAUGUACUCGAUCUUUGAGCAUAACUUCAAAGUUAGAAGUGACGGUGGCCAACGCACGUAUUUCUCUCUACCUCCGGUUAUCGCUCCAUUGAAGUGCUCGGUGCUUCCGUUAAGUAACAAUGCGGAUUUUGUUCCAUACAUCCGCCAACUGUCGCGUGAUCUCACUGCCCUUGACGUGUCGAACCGCGUUGACGAUUCAAGCGGAUCUAUCGGUCGCCGAUACGCUCGAACUGAUGAAAUCGCCAUCCCAUUUGGAAUUACCAUCGAUUUCGAUUCUCUGAAAGAGCCCCACACUGCCACUCUGCGUGAACGUGACUCGAUGGGUCAAGUUCGUAUUCCGUUGAAAGAGAUUGCUGGCGUUGUAAGGGAUCUUUCCUACGACAAGAUGACAUGGACGGACGUUGAAGCCAAGUACCCGAAAUUCGAACAACAAGAAACCAAGACAUAAAUAGGCCCAGAACUGUGAAUUCUUCUGCAAUUGGGUGAGGCGAACGCCUCGAGCAAAACACCUUUUUUGCGCAUGACGUAUAAUAGCAUUGGUGUCGGGUACUACUACACACCCCAGUGGCUUUCUGAAAGUAAAUCUUGUCUGGUUACUCCAA